AUGGUUCACUCCUUACACCCCGAUUUACUGGAUUUGCUUUUUAAGGUCAGAGGCUGUGAAAAUCAUGGUCACGGUGCCCAUGUACCGUGCUCAAAUCAAGUUUGGAUAGGACCGUCAGUGCUAAACGGUGACCUCUCUUCUUUGGCGGACUUGUCUGUGAAGCUAAUCGAUUCAGGUGCGGACUACCUUCAUUUGGACGUUAUGGAUGGACAUUUCGUACCGAACAUCACCUUUGGACACCCAGUUGUGUCGUGUUUAAGACCCAAACUACCGUCUGAAACCUUCUUGGACCUACACAUGAUGGUUUCAGAACCUGAAAAGUGGAUCGAGGGAAUGCGUCAAGCUGGAGCCACUCAAUAUACCUUUCACCUCGAGGCCACUGAUGACGUUAAGCAGUGCAUUCGAAAGAUUCGGGAGGCUGACAUGAAGGUGGGUCUGGGAAUCAAGCCAAAAACAGUUGUAGAGGAAGUCUUCCCGUAUGUUGAUCUUGUGGAUAUGAUACUUGUGAUGACUGUUGAACCUGGUUUUGGUGGUCAGGCUUUUAUGGCGGAUAUGAUGUCCAAGGUGAAGGCGCUUCGAGAGAAGUACCAAGACCUAAAUAUUGAAGUUGACGGUGGAGUUGGCCCAAAGACGAUUCGCGAAUGCAUUAAGAAUGGUGCUAACAUGAUCGUCUCAGGCAGCGCAGUAACGAGUGCUGAUGAUCCGGCUGCUGUCAUACGAAGCAUGCGAUCCACCGUCGUAGAAUUGUGA